UGUCGGGGUUUAAUAUCUGAAGCCGUUGUGCCAGGAAGCCCUGCUGCUCAGACCAGCGAGCCCUGGAACCGCCGUGAGAGCUAGCCCGAAGGAGCAAGAAUGGCAUCUAAAGAUCUCCCUCCCCCGACCACCUUUGCCCCACCCGAAAUCCCUUCUGGGAUCGCUGUAUUUAGGACCAUUCCAUAUGCAUUUUUCCUGCCAGAGCUGAUAUUUGGGUGCUGGGUCUGGAUUCUGGUGGCCGCCACCAGAGUCUGCUUCGCUUUGUUGCAAGGAUGGGUUAUGUACGUGUCCAUCACCUCGUUUCUCAUCUCCUUGAUGUUCCUGCUCUCUUACCUGCUGGGAUUUCAUAGGAGGUUCGAAUCCUGGCGAGUGUGGGACAGUCUUUAUCACGGGACCACUGGAAUUUUAUAUAUGAGUGCCGCCGUUUUACAAGCCAAUGCGACAAUCCGAUCGGAGAGCGAGCAACUUAGCUGCAAUUCUAUCCCCGUCAACUACCAACUCAAUUGUGCUGCCACGUUUUUUGCUUUCAUCACGACGCUGUUGUACAUUUUACAUGCCUUCAGCACCUACUACAACUGAAGAAGAACCGAAUAGAGACACUGGGGCAAGACGUCCUCCGCCCACCCGAAGACCACCUGGGGUUUCUGUACCUACAAACGGUCUGAAUGUUUGAACGCUUACCCUCAGAGUCUACUGGCAUUUGCUUAGAAACCCCCAAAAUAUCUUCUCAGGGUUCUCCCAUGGUCAAAUAUUUGGAAAUCUUGCUUUGUGUUGAGCUGUAUUGCUUUUCCGGUGGAUUGAUGUUAUCAUUGGACGGUAUUAUUUACUUAGCCUGGAAAUAACCAUCACCUAAGGCCCCUUUCCUUGGGCCGCUCUAGUGCCCGGAUCACAGACUGCACUACACGACUUCGAUUUUUUUCAAAGGAGCUCCACUCAGAGUUCUUAAUAUACCAUGGGCUUAUAUCACCUGAUAUAGGUUUAUGGAAACGUCUUCUGGAAACUGUUUUACUUAAAAGAAAGUUUUGUGCUGUAUUGUCAUUCUGCCUCGGGGUCAGCCGCUCCGAUCUGACAUCAUCUUUCAUCCCUUAACUAGUUCUCCCAUCUCUGUCUGAGGUGAUGCCAAGUGACAGGCCUGUUCUCCCACUCAGGAAACCUGGUCUUUGCCCUUACCGCCCAUGUCUACAGCCCCAAAUUUGAAUUUUCAAAUUAGAGUGUUCACUCCAGCCUUUUUGGGUGGAUGUCCUAAGGGCCAUCUUGAUUUGGAAAGUGGGGAUUUUAUUAUGACAUAUAAUUUUUCCAAAUGGUCCCCCAUAGAUGCCUUGUUAACUCCUAGAUAGCUUUCUUAGGGACCACUGUGCCUUACGGAAAUGACUGAGUCCAAGAGUUUGAAAAAGGGGUUAGCAUAUGAUACUGUGCUGUACAAACAUGCCCAUAACAUCUCAGCAGAAUAUAAACUACAGUGUUUUCAUCCCUGAAGAAUUUAUUUUCUAUAUGGGAACUACCUGUGCUUCAAUAAAGUUACAAGGAGCAAGUGAAUGGCUUAAAGUUCUCUGAUGAGAAAGCUGUGCUUGUUAAAGCCCCUGAAUUCUCCAUGAGUAUGUGUGUAUGUGUGUCUGUGUGUAUCUUUGUGUGUGUGUGUCUGUCUGUCUUCUAUAGGGACUAUAUGUGCUUUAUGAUGGAAGGGUGUUUUCUUCUGACUAUAGUCAAUGAUAUGAAAAUGAAUAUUAUCUGUUAUCCCUCAAUCCAAAUGAGACACAAGGUGCUUUUUCAAAUUAAAUAUAUUUGAAUACA